AUGAUGAAAUCAAAGCCAUUGUUGGCCAUUGUUUCUGGAGGUUCUCGCGGCAUCGGAGAGGCCAUUGUCAAACAAUUAUCAGAGAGUGGCAUUCAUUGUGCCACAUUGAGUCGAUCCAAAAACGUUGAUAUUCUUCAUCCCAAUCAAACACAUUUUCAAUGUGAUGUUUCCAAUGCUGCCCAAGUUUCCGAAACGAUUAAAACUAUCACACAACACUAUCACAAAACUCAUGCCAUGAAUAUUCUGAUCAAUGCAGCCGGAGUCUCUCACGAUGGCUUACUCGUUCGAUUUCCACAAGAUGAGCUCGAGAAAAUCAUUGCCAUCAAUUUACAAGGAACAAUGAAUGUUUGCAAAAGUUCACUCCGAUACUUUAUGUUGAGUCAUUCAAGUGCAGAAUCACCAUCAUGCAUCAUUAAUAUUUCGAGUAUUAUUGGAGGAUCUCCUAACAUGACAAAUGUUGGACAAUCCAUCUAUGCUGCUUCCAAGGCAGGUGUUAUCGCCUUUUCACAACAUUUAGCUCGGGAAUUAUUAGGAAAACAUAUUCGUGUGAAUUGUGUGAGUCCUGGAUUCAUUGAAACAGAAAUGACUCGCAAUUUACAACAGCAACAACAACAACUAUUACAAAAACAGGAGCAAAACACAUGUGUGUCGAAUCUUGAAGCUAUGAGUGUCAGACAAAAAUUGGAAAAAGUCCAAAUAGGAAAACCUCAUCAUGUGGCGAAUCUUGUGCAAUUUCUGAUUUCUCCUCAGGCAGAGUAUAUUAACGGACAGAAUAUCAUUGUUGAUGGUGGAUUAUCUAUUUUAUAA